GCCACCUGCGAAGAAAGGUACGAGGCUCGAAGUACCUUAGGUACUUAAGGUAGAAAACACGAAAACGCGAAUAUCCCUGCCCUGUGCUCAACGCGUCCCACUACCUAGCGCUCGGUGCUGGUUGCCCGCUACAUAAACUCUGCCUUUCCAGAGUUCCUCUACCAACAACAGACAUCUUCUUCACUCCCAAUCACGACCAUACUACAACCAAAAGACAGACUCCCGACCUCAAUUACUCCUUCCAAAGUCUUGUCUUCCUCCUUUUUGCAUCCAAUCACUCUCAUUCUUCCUCCCUCGUCGCAUUUCACACACUUCCGCCAUGUCUAUCGAAGUCACACCGUCCAAGCAGGCCGCUGCUGCCCUCGACUCUUUCAAGAUGGAGUCUCCCGUCAAGAAGCUCAACUUCAACCCCGCCGACAAGGAGAACCAGCCCCUCACAUCCGACGUUGCCAUCGCAACCGAGAAGACCGAUGUUCAGACAAAGCCCGCACAAGAGGUCGUGAAGAACGAGAACAAGAUCGUUGUCGCUCCCGGCAUCAAGGAGCAGGAGAAGGAUGAGCCUCUUCUCCAGGAGAACGGCCAGCGUUUCGUUCUCUUCCCUAUCAAGUACCAUGAGAUCUGGCAAAUGUAUAAGAAGGCUGAGGCCUCUUUCUGGACCGCAGAGGAGAUUGAUCUCUCCAAGGAUCUCCACGACUGGAACAACAAGAUCAACGAUGAUGAGAAGUACUUCAUCUCUCACAUCCUUGCCUUCUUCGCCGCAUCCGACGGCAUUGUCAACGAGAACCUCGUGGAGCGCUUCUCCGGCGAGGUCCAGGUCCCUGAGGCUCGCUGCUUCUACGGUUUCCAGAUCAUGAUGGAGAACAUCCACUCUGAGACCUACUCCCUCCUCAUCGACACCUACAUCAAGGAGCCUGCGCAGCGCACGUACCUCUUCAACGCCAUUGAUACCAUCCCCGCCAUUCGCAAGAAGGCUGACUGGGCCUUGAAGUGGAUCAGCGACGAUAGCUCAUCCUUCGCCCAGCGUCUGGUUGCCUUCGCCGCUGUCGAGGGUAUCUUCUUCAGCGGUGCCUUUGCGUCCAUCUUCUGGCUCAAGAAGCGUGGUCUCAUGCCCGGUCUGACCUUCUCAAACGAGCUCAUCUCUCGUGAUGAGGGUCUCCACACCGACUUUGCCUGCCUCUUGUACUCUCACCUCAAGCACCGCCCUAGCAAGCAGGUCAUUGAGGACAUCAUUGUUGAUGCCGUUAAGAUCGAGCAGGAGUUCCUAACCGAGGCUCUGCCUUGCGCUCUCCUCGGCAUGAACUCCAACUUGAUGAAGCAGUACAUUGAGUUCGUUGCCGACCGUCUCUUGGUUGCUCUUGGCAACGACAAGGUCUACAAGUCUUCCAACCCCUUCGACUUCAUGGAGAACAUCUCCCUUGGCGGCAAGACCAACUUCUUUGAGAAGCGUGUUGCCGAUUACCAGAAGGCCGGUGUGCUCAACAGCACCAAGAAGGCGCAAGAAGAGACCAAGGUUGAGGGAGAGAAUGGUGGUGACUUCGCGUUCGAUGAGGACUUCUAAAUCAUCGUAGAGCGCCUGAAGUUUCUGUUGGUUCUUUUCCCCAUAUACCCCUUGUACAUUGCACACGCAUGGUGUUUGCCAGAGCUUCUUUUCGCACUCUACACUCAAACCCCCUCCCCUCACCUGAGCUUGAGGCCUAGAGCUGUUCCUUUUUCGUACAUACAUGGCGUUGGCGGGGAUCGUUUUUCAGGGAGUUGAAGGUUCCCAAGGACUGGCUGGAUGACUGUGGAAAAUGGGGCAUGAAUGUCUUUGAUGGAUAAUGUACCGCAGUGAUUCUCUUUUUAGUAAUCGCACAUGACAUAACAACC